CCGCCAGCCGGAGCUCGGGCUUUGCACCGGGCGGCGACUGAGAACCGAGUCUGCUGCGGAGCCGGCAGCGCAGACGGGCGGAGCGGAGCUGCCCGGCCCCGUGGCGGGCGAUGCCCCCGUGAGCCUGUCUCGCCGCCCCUCCCCGCCCCGCGCGCCUAACCCCUUGGAGUCCGCGCCAGCCUGGGGCCGGGCCGCGCCUACCGCCGGGUUCGCGGGGCGGGGUCCCGGGGCAGCACCUGCCCCGCCUUGCGGAGCCGUCUCGGCCUGCGUAGCCCCCUUUCCUGUCUGGACCCCGGCCCCACCUCCGGAAGUUGACUGAAGCCUGUACCAAUGCCCUAGGGGUAUGUUGUGGGUUGGGGCGCGGCCCCCUGCACUGCAGAACACCGAGCUCUGAUUCUUCAAUUCAGAGUUGCCUGAGGUCCUGACACCACUGGGACCAUGUUUAACGGGGAGCCAGGUCCAGCCUCAUCCGGGGCCUCCAGGAACGUGGUGGUGCGGAGCUCCAGCAUUAGCGGUGAAAUCUGCCCAUCCCAGCCGGCUGGGGGUGGGACUGGGACCACCACUGCCAAGAAGAGGCGCAGCAGCCUGGGUGCCAAGAUGGUGGCCAUCGUGGGCCUGACUCAGUGGAGCAAAAGCACACUCCAGCUGCCUCAGCCUGGAGGCGCAGAGGGGGCCACCAAGAAGCUGCGCAGCAACAUCCGGCGGAGCACAGAGACGGGCAUCGCUGUGGAGAUGCGGAGUCGGGUCACGCGCCAGGGCAGUCGGGAGUCCACCGACGGGAGCACCAACAGCAACAGCUCUGAUGGCACGUUCAUCUUCCCCACUACCCGGCUGGGGGCUGAAAGCCAGUUCAGCGAUUUCCUGGAUGGACUAGGACCAGCCCAGAUUGUGGGUCGACAGACGCUAGCAACGCCACCCAUGGGAGACGUGCAUAUAGCCAUCGUGGAUAGGAGUGGCCAGCUGGAGGUGGAAGUGAUUGAAGCUCGGGGACUGACCCCCAAACCAGGCUCCAAAUCCCUCCCAGCCACUUAUAUCAAGGUUUACCUGCUUGAGAACGGGGCCUGCUUAGCCAAGAAGAAGACAAAAUUAGCCAAGAAGACCUGUGAUCCCCUGUACCAGCAGGCCCUGCUCUUUGAUGAGGGGCACCAGGGCAAGGUGCUACAGGUAAUCGUCUGGGGAGACUAUGGGCGCAUGGACCACAAGUGCUUCAUGGGCAUGGCCCAGAUCAUGCUGGAUGAGCUGGACCUGAGUGCCGCGGUCACCGGCUGGUACAAACUCUUCCCCACCUCCUCAGUGGCAGACUCUACACUCGGAUCCCUCACCAGGCGCCUGUCCCAGUCCUCCCUGGAGAGUGCCACCAGUCCGUCCUGCUCCUAAGGAUGUCAGGAAGAGAGGCUGGGACGGUGAUGUGGGAAAGGGUGCCUGCUGGCCCCCUCCCCUGUACAUAGUCUUCAUGUCUUUCUGGACCCCUUGUCCUGCUGCAUGCCUGUUGGCUACUGGGCUUGUCCCAGCUGGCAGUGGAGACUGUAGUGUACAUGUGUGUGCGUGUGCGACCACAUUCUGUCUGUUCACCUGUCUGGGUGUAGUUAGUCCUAGUGACUACAUGGACUAAAAUGUCUCCACAUCUCUUUGUAUCCUUUUGAAAAGAAACCCAAAGGAGUGUUGUGUAGACGUGACUCACCCUGAGGAAUCUCCAGGUGUGGAAGUCGGGGAUGCGGCCACUGGUCCAUCCUGCCUUGUCCAGGAAUGAGGGCAGAGCCUGCGCAUCCCUGCCAGUGCCUGCUCCUGGUCGUCUCUGCUUUGUUUUCUGUCUUGUCUUUUGUUCCGCCCUUGCUUCUCCUAGCACUGCCACUGUUUUCUGAGGAAUGUAGCAUUACUGCGGCUGGCCACGCUGGGGCCCCCCUGGGAAGCCCCCAUGCCCUCCUCCCUACCCGAGCUGCUCCGGUGGCUCUUCCUCCACCAAAUGUGUCCUGCAGCAUGUAGCAUGCCCACCUAGCACCCUGGCGGGGUCCGGGAACACAAAUGGUGCCCAGGAGCUUGGGCUUGGAGACGCUCUUCUCUGUGGGGCUGGAACCACCUCCUCCCUAUAGCAGAGCACAAGGAGGUCUUAGUCCCCAGGGUGGCCGGCCAGGUGCCCCUUUAGCACCUCCUACAUCUCUUUUGUCUCUUUAAGCCUCCUCCUCUCCAACAUGCCAAAGGAGCUCUCCCAGUGGGGCCAGGAGAUCAGCCUCAGAGGGGACAUUACCUGCCAAAGCAGACAGUCCUCCCUAGGCCCUGAAGGUGGCCCUGUUCCCCUAAGGGUGUGACUCAUAAGAGCAGGGCUAAGGCUGACUUGUUCAGAGCCGCUAUUGAGAAUCCUACCUGAACUUUGGGGAUGAGCUGCAUGAAGUUGUUCAUUUGGGGCUCUAUGUCUUGCUCAUUUCCAAACCAGGGUCUGAGUCUGGGAGUUCAGACUCACCGGGCUCCAGCUUCUGGCUCCACGAGCAGCCUGGCUCUGAAUUCUAUUCUGCUGCCGUCACCAGCUCUGUAUAAGCAAUACUUCCCCCUCAACUUCCCUGUCCUCUUGUGUUCCACCGCUGCCCCCUGGCCAGUGGCCUGCCCUAGGCACCUCACCUGCCUCUGCUUUCUCUCCCACCUUGUCUGGCUGAAACUUCUCACACCCCUCAAAUCCUGACUUGAUGUGACAGCCAGGUCCUGUUGGUGGAGACCAGUGCCUGAACUGGACCCCUGUGAGAUAUGUCUGCUAUGAAUCUUGAAGUCUGGCUCAGGAAUGCCCAAAUCUGUCCUUCUCCCUCCUCAGCUGUAGGGUGAAAGGGGAAAGGUUGCCCAGGAGAUGAGUAGAGCAGCCCUUGGGUUCAAAGUGGAGGAGGGCUCUUUUUCUCCCUCUUCCCCAGACUUCAUACCAAGUGCUAAGAUAACUGUGAUCCAAGUACCUGAGGCUGGAAGUGUCCCCUGACAGCAGUGGUGAGGUCUUAGCCCAGUGCUUGGCCUCCAUUCAUAACCAAACUCGGGGAUAGGGGACAUGGAGGUGGCAGUUUAGUGAAGAUAGACCAUCUCAGCCCAAAGGGCCUCCUUUCCUGGCCAGGUUCCCUGUUAGGCUGAAGCCAGAGUACGUCACCUCCCUCCUAGAAAGGUGGAAAGAAAACUAGGAAACUAGAUGAAGCCAGGACCCCACCUGUCCUGCCUCAGGACAGGAAGGGGGAGGGGCAAGAAGGAAGUAAACGGAGUUAGUUUGUGGGCUCUUGUCUCCCACCUAAGCCUCUGUCCUUGUGCCGUCAGAGAAGAGAACCAUCAUGUACAUGGAGGAGGUGGCUGGUUGUUUUCUCUUUCGGCAGAAAUGCCCUCCGCAUUCCCAUGGCUAGGACUAGGUAAUGCAUGCCUUUCUCGUGUUCCCAAACGUGGGGCAAAAGGCGCUGUACUCCUUGACCCUAGUGGGGACAGGGAGGAAACUUGCUUGCAAAGGGUAUUUUUAUUUCCUAGUGGUGAUGUAUUCACUUCUAGAGCAGUUGCUCUCAUGAUGGUGUGAAAAUACUCCAUGUCUCUGGAGUAAUGGGAUUGUUAGUGAUCUGCAGGGUCCCAUUGACAUUUGCUAAUGUGGCACCAAGGAGUGAUACCCAGACCAUGCAGUCACCCCCAGGAAAUGGGGGCUACUGACACAGUACCCUCCUUUCCUAGGGGUCCAGGAAGGCGGAAAGCUGCCAGCAAAGUGGCUGCCACUGGGCAGCUCAAGGCCAAAAUGCCUCUUGCCUCUGGGGGAGGGUUAGCACAAGGGACGUUCUGGCCAGAGGAGGGAUGUGAUGUGCUGAUAAGUUGGCUGACCUACCUAACAAUCCCCAGCUAUCAAAACUGCCCGUUAGUUGGGCCACUGCAGUGUCCCACCUCUCUAAUGGAAGGUAACUCCUCUCCAAAUUGACCUUGGGGAAUUAUUCUUUUAACCCUUUAUACCAAAUAAAUUACUAAUCCCUGCCUGGAUUUUCCCCUAAGAGGGUGAGGCUGUGUGAGGCUGAUGUGUAUGUGUGAUGGGACUGGCUGAAUUAGAGAGUGUUUCUCAGCAUCAUAGGUGAAGAGGCUUGUUUGAGAGGCUACGCUGGAGCUGGCCUGUCCGAGAAUAGGUGUGACCUGGCCUUUGGUGAGGAAGGAAGGAGCCUGAUCUCUCCAGAGUCCUCCCUACCCUGGAGCCAACUCACUGCCAGGUUCAGUGUCCUGGCUCCAAUGCUGUCAGCCCAGAUGAAACCCUGGAGAGGUUACAGGAUGGGACUCUUUGUCAUUCCAGCUCCUCUGGUCAGGAGGAUUAUCACAGAUGUGGCAGGGACAGGAGUGGCCCUGUAGUGAUGGUGGGCUGUGGGCAGGGACAGUGAUGCAUCUGUCUUCAUAGUCUGUUCCGUCUGCCCCACUUUCUUCACAGACUCCUUUUCCCUGCAGUGGGCUCUGCUAUGAGGAAGGCUCCAGUAAAUGGAGCCAGGGUUUUGGUUUGACAAAGGGAGUUUGAUCCUUCAGGAAAGAACCAUCUCCAAAACUACUCCUCAUCCUGUCUCUUCUGCCACCCAGUUCUACUAGGAAAGGCACACUUAGGAGGCCCUUGGGAGCCAGCAAGUCCCAGGUAAUGCCAGCGUUUCAUGGGGCUGAGGCAAAACCCAGGAGCUCCAGGGAAAGGGCAUCUGUGGAGCUCAUCUCUCACGGAAUCACUGCCGGGUAGAGUGCUGAGGUCAGCCAGUCCUCCCAGGGACAUGACACCUGCUGGGGAGGCAUGCCUGGCCUCUUCUUUACUGCCAGCCUUGAGGAGAGCAGAAGCCUCCAUUUUUAAAGACAAUAAAAACCCACAAGGGUACUUCUUUGGAAAUGAAAUGUAGCACAAUCUCAGCCUGCAUUACCAGGAGCCCUGACAUGCAGCCAGGGUCCUUACUGCAGGCUCUGCUGUCUGGGAGAUGCGAGCUCCUCUUCCCCUGGGGUUCCAGAACUCCUAAUACCUCACAUUCCCCAUCUUCCUCAGCCCAGAACGCAGUGCGGCUUUAGUAAGGCUGCUCUUCUCUGUUUCUCCGACUGCUUCUAGCACUGUGCAAACUCUGCAAGAAAUUGCUGCCUUCGCUCCUUGUAGAUAAGCUGCUCUCUACCUGCGGGAGAGAUGGCCCAUUGGUCAGGGCCAGGAGGUUGUCCAGCAUUGUGUCUGCAGUGGCUGCAGGGAGAUGGAAAAGAAGAGGCCUGCUUCCCUGGCACCUCCUGCCCUCCCCUCCCUCUCCUCAGAGUUUUCUUCUCCAAUAUCCUGACACAUAGAUCCUUGAAAAUGCUGCUUCCUCUACUGGACUGUCUUUCACUGAGUGAUCAGAGAGGAGAUGAAGAGGUCGACGCGUCCCCUGCCUUCUCCCUCAAGUCUGCUUUUCACUCAGGUCAGAAGAGGCUGGGGGAAAAACAAGCAUUAUUGAAGAGCAGGGGCGCCCCCUACCCUCAGGUGAGGCCUGGUGGGGGCUGCACUGGUCUGGCUGGGAAAGAGUGAUUUUGAAAGAGUGCCUGAGCAUCUCAGAGCAAUGUCAGUGAUGCCAAAGAGAGCAACUUGGCCUCCUUGGGCACCAGUUCUGCCAGCUGAGCUGCACAAAUGUGGCUCAGAUGUUGGUGUGCCCAAGGGUGGGACCUUGUUCUCUGACAAAGGGCUUAAUCUUUCCAUGUAGCGAAGUAACUCCCCCUCCCCCCAACCCUAAGCUUGGGCUUGUGUGGGCCCAGCAUGGCUGUGCCUGUGAGGGAAGCCACAUCAGCGAGAGAAACUUGUAUUCUUUUGGGCCUAGACUGGUGUGGGGCAGGUGCUUGUUGAAACAUGUGUUUCUGCUUUGGAAAAACCUUGCAGAGCUCUGGCUGGAAACUUGGCCAGUAAGGACAGAGCCCUGGGCCUCCCAAAGGAGUUCACGCUUAUGCCAAGAAAGGUCCACAGAACUGGAUUCCAGACAGUCUUGGCUGAUGGAAAUGAGGCCCGAGAAUUUCAGGGGCAAUGGAGCAUCUGCCCCAGUAGCCAAUGACCUGGAGAGGCCACAGGAAAUCAAAGGCUGUUCUAUAUAGUUUUGCCAGAAACCAUGACCUUGCGCAAGACUUCUCACUUUCCUGGGCCUCAGCUUCCUCAUCUGCAGAAUCAGAGCAUUAGCUGGUUGCUCUCCGGGUCCCUCUGGGGUUUAAGAGUCUCUGAUCCGGAGCUGAUGAGGGUUGCCAGCCUGUACACCUGGUGCCUGGUUCCGCAGCCAGUUUCUCCCGCACCUGGUGCCCAUGCUGGGCCCGGGUCUUCAUCUGCUCGGUCCCCAGAUGAUGCUUCUGACAAGAACUCUGGGAAUCCUCACAGACUCUGCUUUUCCCUCUUCAUGGUUUGUCCUCCCUCUUUUAUUCUUGUGUAACGCUGAGAAAAAAUUAAGGGUUAUUUACAAUGGACAAUUUUCAAGGUGCUGAUGUGAUGUCACAACCUCAGCUGCACCCCCAGUUAGGUCAGUGUCCCCACCAGCAGAGGAGGUGGGACUGUUCCUCAUUUCUGCUUCUAGGAUGGUAUCAGUGGGGGGGCUAAAGAUCUGAGAAUUUUAAAGGAAAUGCUUUCUGAUGGGAGGAGAGAGGGAACUUAUUUCCCUUCAAAGUAUUUUGUUUUUUAAAGCCACUUCUCCCUCCAAAACGUAUUUUACCAGACAUUGUCCCAGAAAGCACAGUGGCUGCUUCCUUAGGAAGAGUGGGCCUGAUGGCUCUACCAACUCCUUUAGUGGUAAGCUCACAGCAGGCAGGAACACUGUUUUUAGAAUUUCCAAAUGCAUCCUGCAAAGAGAGGGAACUGAUAGGGACGGACAAGCACACUGUUUAGAUAAGAAGCAAUUAGCCUUUUAUAUCUGUGCUCUAUACAUUUUCUAUGUGCAGCAUCUUUCCAUACUUCUUGUGGUUCCUGGGUGGCAGGUGGACAGCUGGGAGGGACUGCCGGCUGUUUUGUACAACGUUCUUGCCAAUUCCCUUGAGAAGAAAAUUCUUCACUCGGCUUCUGCAUGUACAGUAUUUGGGCAGCAAAACAUGAUUAAAGUCAGUUUGAAAAUGG